GGGCCGGCUAGCAGAAGCUAGUUUAGCAGCCGCCGCGCGCCCAACCGAGGAGACGAUUGCGUUUGAUAUUGUUGAUCCCAACACUUCAAUUAAUUAACUAGAGAACAAGACAUUUUGUUAAGAUUAAAGAUUUUAAACAUCUCCAAACCAAUAAAUUAUUAGGAGGAUUUCCAAAGUGUACAACUUAUCUAUUAGUUUUGUUGUCGCGAAGUUGGCAUCAUCAGCUGCUCACCGUACCGUAGCAGAAGACGUCUCAUGGCUUAGAUGAGGUGGGGUGGAGUGAUCGUUGGACCAAACUAUACAGUAUUUUUUCCUUAACCUGUGGUGAUUGGCUGUAAUGUUGACAGUAUCCUACACAUUUCGCUCCACGCUUUACAUCUUCGUCACUGAUGAGCCUAGUUAAACCCUUUCAGCUGAUCCAAAAUCAUGUUGUAUAGAAACAGUUUAAGGUUAGCUCCCUUUUUAUCUUUGGUUCAAAGAGCCGGCGGAACAAAAAAGGAUCUGAUUAACCCAUUGAUUCACAAGACACGGGCGUUUUCUCAUGAAUGCAAAGCUGGAUCUGACAAGACAUUGUCUCAUUCUUAUCAUCUUAACUUUAGUAAAGACAUACUUCCUGAAGAACGUGAAGCACUGCUGAAGGACAUGAUUGUUCAUAACGAUUUCCUCUCAGAUGUUGAAGAAAAAUGUAUUAUUGAUGAGAUAGAACCAAUCAUAUCAAGACUUCAAUACGAGUAUGAUCACUGGGAUAACGCUAUCCAUGGGUUUCGAGAGACUGAACGUCUUCAGUGGACAAAACCAAGCACAGCAAUACUUGACAGAGUGAGACAGAUUGCUUUCCCUAAAGGGAAACCUCAAUUAAAACAUGUCCAUGUUCUUGAUUUAGCAGAGAAUGGGUUCAUUAAGCCUCAUAUUGAUAGUGUUAGAUUUUGUGGAGAUACAAUUGCUGGUCUCAGUCUUCUCUCUGACAGUGUAAUGAGAUUGGUUCAUGAUAAGGAUGCCAACAAAAUUGUUGAUGUCUUGCUAAAGCAAAGAUCCCUUUAUGUGAUGAGGGAUUCUGCCCGUUACAACUUUACUCAUGAGAUACUGAAGAAAGAUACGUCAAGAUUUAAUGAUAACAUAGUUCCUCGACAUAGGAGAAUAUCUGUUAUUUGUAGAAGUGAAGUCACCAACUGAGGAAGCAGCAAUCUAAUGGAGGCAAACCUAAUCACUUAGAUUUUCAGGUAAUAGCUAUUUAAUAUCAGUAAUAAAUAAUUUUGAAACGAA